UCGUCCUCAUCCGACGCACACCGGCAGCCGGGCUCUCCUCCGCGGCAGGCUCCGACCAUGACAGCGUGCGCUCUCCUUCCCCCUUCUGCUCUCUUUCUUUGCUCUCCUCGCUGCUGAACUUCUCCUCCAGUCUGUCAAACUGAAACGCCGACCUUGACUGCGCGCUGUGGACAGGAUUCGAGUAAAAGUCUGUCCGCUUUUUUUUUUUUGAGAGGGGAAAAACUGGAACCACUCGGGGUGCCGGCAGCAACGGGUGAAGUUUGAAGUAAGACGCAGGAAAGGAAGAUAACCCUCAGGACUCACGAAGAGUCCGUGAAAAAGUAUGAUCCUGCCUUGUUACAGGUGCAGCGAGCAAUGGACUAACCUGGAUUCAUCUGACUGAGUUGCAUCCAAUACUUCAGAGAAACCAACUGGCUGCGUUGCUACUUCUAGGAAAAUAUCUCUCUAUCCUACGGAGUCUGUGGAACAUUAUAUCAACACAUUAUAACUGUAAAAACGAAUUUACACUCUGAAUUUCUCCGGUCACUACAGGCUGCAGGAACAGAGGCUCGGUUUUGCGCUCCCAGAUCGGUGCGCUUUUCCCGGAUCCAGUGCCGGCAGGUUCCCGUACGGAGACCCGGCGUUAGGUGGACAGCAGCGGAACCACACCGGGACACGGACACAGAAGCACACCGGGCACUUGUUGUCCAUUCUGCCCAGUUUGGGACAAUGUUUGAGGACUCCUGGAGCAGAUCGAUGUGGCGCGCCACAUGGAUUUUAAUUUCCUCCUUAAUCAUCCACUCCACACAAGCUCAAGAUGACGUGCCUCCCUACUUCAAGACGGAGCCGGUGCGCAGCCAGCUCCAUCUGGAACGCAACAGGCUGGUUCUGACCUGUAUGGCUGAGGGAAGCUGGCCACUGGAGUUCAAAUGGAUCCACAACAACACUGAGCUGACCCGCUUCUCCCUGGAGUACAGGUACCUGAUCCCCUCAUUGGACCGCUCCCAUGCCGGCCUCUACCGUUGCAUCGUGAGGAAUCGUGUGGGAGCCCUGCUGCAGAGGCGCACAGAAGUACAGGUGGCCUUUAUGGGCAGUUUUGAGGAGGAGGAACGCUCCCAAUCCAUCUCCCAGGGAGAGGGUGCGGUGGUCCAUGCGCCGCGCAUUCGCAGCUUCCCCCAGCCCCAAGUCACCUGGUUCAGAGAUGGGCGUAAGAUUCCACCCAGCAGUCGCAUUGCCAUCACUCUGGACAACACGCUGGUUAUUCUGUCUACAGUGGCACCAGACGCCGGGCGCUACUACGUACAAGCUGUAAAUGACAAGAACGGAGAGAACAAGACCAGCCAGCCCAUCACCUUAUCAGUAGAGAAUGUAGGAGGUCCAGCAGACCCCAUUGCCCCCACCAUCAUCAUCCCUCCAAGGAACACUAGCGUGGUCACAGGCACCUCCGAGGUCACCAUGGAGUGUGUUGCCAACGCCAGGCCUCUCAUCAAGCUGAGUAUCACGUGGCGUAAGAACGGCGUGUUGGUGACGAGCGGUUUGAGCGACUUCAACCGCCAGCUGACCAUCAUCAACCCCCUGGUGGGCGACGCCGGCUUCUACGAGUGCGAGGCCAUCCUCCGCAGCAGCAGCGUGCCUUCAGUCAGCGGCGGGGCUUAUCUGCAUGUUCUGGAACCACCGCAGUUUAUCAAGGAACCAGAGAAGCACAUCACAGCUGAGAUGGAAAAGGUGGUGGACAUUCCCUGUCAGGCACGAGGAGUCCCCCAGCCAGACAUUGUGUGGUACAAGGAUGCUUUUCCCAUCAACCCCGUGAAGAUGCCCAGGUACAGAGUGCUGGUGGGGGGCAGCCUUCAGGUCAACGGCCUCCUGCCAGACGACACCGGGAUGUUCCAGUGCUUCGCCAGGAACUUGGCAGGAGAAGUUCAGACCAACACCUACCUCGCUGUCACCAGUAUUGCCCCGAAUAUCACAGCCGGACCCUCAGACAGCACUGUGAUCGACGGCAUGUCAGUCAUCCUGCACUGCGAGACCUCUGGAGCUCCGAGGCCCGCGAUCACCUGGCAGAAAGGUGAGCGUGUGUUGGCCAGCGGCUCGGUCCAGCUGCCCAGGUUCACCCUCCUCGAGUCAGGCAGCCUCCUCAUCUCCCCCUCACACAUCUCAGAUGCCGGGACCUACACCUGCAUGGCGAGCAACUCCAGGGGCAUCGAUGAGGCGUCCGCUGACCUCGUGGUCUUGGCUCGCACCCGGAUUACCACCCCCCCACAGGACCAGAGUGUUAUCAAAGGAACUAAAGCUGUGAUGACCUGUGGAGUCACACAUGACCCAAGUGUAACUGUCAGGCAUGUCUGGGAGAAAGAGGGCUCAGUGGUCAACGUCCAGUCCAUCCCCCGCAUGCGCCUGGAGGCAGACGGGACCCUCCACAUCUCCCAGACCUGGUCAGGUGACAUCGGCACAUACACCUGCAGAGUCACCUCCGUUGGGGGGAACGACUCCCGCAGCGCUCACCUCAGAGUCAGGCAGCUGCCCCAUGCUCCAGAGAACCCUACAGCCGUGCUGAGCGCAUCGGAAAAAAGAGCCAUCGACCUGGCCUGGGCCAAGCCUUUUGAUGGCAACAGCCCCCUCAUUCGCUACAUCCUGGAGGUUUCUGAGAACAAUGCUCCCUGGGCCAUCUUGCUGGCAAACAUCGAGCCAGAGUCCACAGUGGUGACGGUGAACGGUUUGAUCCCGGCGCGCUCCUAUCAGUUCCGCCUCUGUGCCGUUAAUGAUGUGGGGAAGGGGCAGUUCAGCAAGGAGACAGAACGGGUCUCUCUCCCAGAGGAGCCCCCCAGUGCUCCGACUCAAAACGUCAUUGCCAGCGGUCGCACCAACCAGUCCAUCAUGAUCCAGUGGCAGCCCCCGCCCGAAAGCCACCAGAACGGCAUCCUCAGGGGCUACACCGUCCGGUACCGUCUGACUGGCCUUCCUGUGGACUACCAGAUAAAGAACAUAACUAGUCCUGAGGUGACUAACCUUCUCCUGGAGGACCUAAUCAUAUGGACCAACUAUGAGAUUGAGGUUGCCGCGUACAACGUGGCGGGUUUGGGCACUUUCAGCCAUAAAGUCACUGAGUGGACUCUGCAGGGAGUACCCACCAUCGCCCCCGGAAAUGUGCAGGCCGAGCCGGUCAACUCGACAACUAUCCGUUUCACGUGGACGGCCCCUAACCCUCAGUUCAUCAACGGCAUCAACCAGGGCUACAAGUUACUGGCCUGGGAGCCCGGCAGAGACGACGAUGUUACUAUGGUAACAGUGCGACCGAACUUCCAGGACAGCGUCCAUGUGGGAUAUGUGACAGGUCUCAAGAAGUUCACAGAGUAUUACACCUCUGUGCUGUGUUUCACCACGCCAGGAGACGGCCCCCGGAGCCCGCCCAAAGCAUCGAGGACACACGAGGACACCCCCGGUGCUGUGGGUCACCUGAGCUUCACUGAGAUCCUGGACACCUCGCUCAAAGUCAGCUGGAGCGAGCCCGGCGAGAAGAAUGGAGUCCUCACAGGUUACCGCAUUUCGUGGGAGGAGUUCAACCGCACCAACACCAGAGUUACCCACUACCUGCCCAAUGUCACCUUAGAGUACAGGGUCACUGGACUCACUGCUCUCACCACCUACACCAUAGAAGUGGCAGGGAUGACGUCCAAAGGCCAGGGCCAGCUGUCCUCCUCCACCAUCUCCUCCGGGGUCCCACCAGAGCUUCCUGGUCCUCCUACCAAUGUGGCAAUCUCCAACAUCGGCCCACGCUCCGUCACCCUACAGUUCAAACCGGGUUAUGAUGGCAAAACCUCCAUUUCCCGUUGGCAGAUGGAGGCCCAGGUUUCUGUGGUGGGGGAGAAUGAGGACUGGGUGAUGGUCCACAAAGUGUCCAACGAACCUGAGGCUCGCUCCUUGGAGGUGCCUGGUCUCAACCCUUACACCUUCUACAGGUUCCGUAUGCGCCAGGUGAACAUUGUUGGCACCAGCCUCCCCAGCCAGCCCUCCAGGAAGAUCCAGACUCUCCCUGCCCCCCCUGACAUGGCCCCCGCCAACGUCACCCUGCGCACCGCCAGCGAGACCAGCCUCUGGUUGCGAUGGAUGCCUUUGCCUGAAUGGGAGUACAACGGGAACGCAGAGCAGGUGGGCUACAGGGUCCAGUACUCCCGCGCGGGCUCACAGGGCCGGGCGCUGAUCCACAUCAUCGCAGACCGCCUGGAGAGAGAGUUCACCAUCGAGGACCUGGAGGAGUGGACGGAGUACGAGGUCAGGGUCCAGGCCGUCAACGGCAUCGGGACGGGACCCUGGAGCCAGCCCGUCAGAGGCAGGACGAGGGAGUCUGUCCCCUCCUGUGGACCCACCAACGUUUCUGCCUUCGCCACCACCUCCAGCAGCAUCCUGGUGCGCUGGUUUGAAGUUCCCGAGCCAGACAGAAAUGGACUCAUUCUUGGCUACAAGGUGGUGUUCAAAGAGAAGGACUCUGACAGUGCGGUCCACUUCUGGAUGGUGGAGGGGAACGCCACCCACAGCAUUCAGCUCACCGGUCUUGGGAAAUACGUUCUGUAUGAGAUCCAGGUUCUGGCUUUCACACGGAUUGGAGAUGGACGGCCCAGUUCUCCACCCAUCCUGGAGAGGACUCUGGAUGAUGUGCCAGGACCUCCUGUGGGUAUCCUAUUCCCUGAAGUGCGGACCACCUCUGUCAGGCUUAUUUGGCAGUCUCCCUCGCAGCCUAAUGGCAUAAUACUUGCCUACCAGAUCACAUACCACCUCAACUCCUCCAACAGCAACACACCCACAGUGGACGUGCUGAUCCCCAGUGCUCGCCAGUACACUGUGACCAGCCUCAAGCCGGAGUCCGUCUACGUGUUCCGCAUCAAAGCGCAGACGAGGAAGGGCUGGGGCGAGGCUGCUGAGGCGCUGGUGGUCACCACGGAGAAGAGAGCUCGUCCCCAGCCGACCAGCCGCCCCAUGGUUCCUCAGAAAGACGUCCAGGCCCGUCAUGUCCUCCUGUCCUGGGAGCCGGGCAGCGACGGCCUGUCCCCUGUGCGUUACUACACCGUGCAGCAAAGAGAGCUUCCUGAGAGCAACUGGACCGUCCACUCUGCCUCCGUCAACCAUGAGGCCUCCUCCUACAUAGUAUCAAGGCUGAAGCCCUUCACAUCCUACCAGUUCAGAGUAAAAGCCACCAAUGACAUAGGGGACAGUGAGUACAGCGAGGAAAGUGAAGCAAUCACGACACUACAGGACGCGCCUGACGAAGCACCCUCCAUUCUCUCUGUGACACCGCACACAACGACGUCCGUGCUGAUCCGCUGGCGGCCCCCCUCUGAGGAGAAGAUAAACGGAAUCUUACUGGGCUUUCGGAUUCGAUAUCGUGAGCUGCUUUAUGACCGUCUGCGCAGUUACUCUGCUCACACCAUCAGCAGUUUGUCCACCUGGGGCGAUCUCACCGCACCCUACAGCAUCCAGAACCUGAGUGAUUCAACUCAGACCCAGCAUCAGUUGGACAAGCUGAGUAAACACAAGCGCUACGAGAUACGCAUGAGUGUUUACAACGCUGUGGGCGAGGGGCCGACCAGCACGCCACAGGAGGUGUUUGUGGGGGAGGCAGUGCCUACAGCGCCGCCCCAGAGUGUGGCCAUUCAGUCCGCAACCGCCACCCAGCUGGACGUGACGUGGGACCCUCCCCCCGUGGACGCACAGAACGGAGACAUCCAGGGCUACAAGGUUUACUUUUGGGAGUUCCAGCGCAAGAACGAUACGGAGCGGCUGCGGACUCUGUUCAUGCCGGAGGGGGGAGUGAAGCUGAAGAACCUGACCGGUUACACCACCUAUAUGAUCAGUGUGGCCCCUUUCAACGCAGCUGGGGACGGACCCCGCAGCGCACCCACGAGGGCCCGCACCCAGCAAGCAGCUCCCAGUGCCCCCAGCUUCAUCCACUUCAGUGAGCUGACCACCACCUCCGUCAACGUAUCCUGGGGCGAGCCCACCUUCCCUAAUGGCAUCAUCGAGGGCUACCGUCUGGUCUACGAACCCUGCACACCGGUAGAUGAGUCCUCAGUGGCCUGUGUCGACUGUCUCCACUCCCCCUCCCCCCCAGGCGUCAGUAAGACAGUGACAGUGGAUGUGAAGGGGACCGGCCCCCUCUGGUUGAAGCUCAGAGACCUGGCCGACGGCAUCACCUACAACUUCCGCAUCAGAGCCAAGACUUUCAUCUACGGGCCUGAGGUGGAGGCCAACAUCACCACCGGCCCCGGGGAAGGAGCCCCGGGACCCCCAGGAGAACCCUUCAUCACUCGCUACGGUUCGGCCCUGACUAUCCACUGGACCAGCGGGGACCCGGGACGUGCUCCCAUCAGUCGCUACGUGAUCGAGGCCAGACCUUCAGAUGAGGGAUUGUGGGAUAUCCUAAUCAAGGACAUCCCCAAGGAGGUGACAUCACACACAUUCAACAUGGAUAUCCUGAAGCAAGGGGUCAGUUACGACUUCAGGGUCAUUGGAGUGAACGACUACGGGUACGGCUCCCCCAGUCUACCUUCUCCUUCGAUAUCUGCCCAAAAAGUGGCGCCUUUCUACGAGGAGUGGUGGUUUCUGGUCGUGGUGGCUUUGGUGGGGCUCAUCUUCAUCCUGCUGCUGGUCUUCAUCCUCAUUAUCAGAGGCCAGAGCAAGAAGUACGCCAAGAAGUCAGAAUCAGGAAACAACUCCAACUGUAACGCUCUGACCCACGGAGACAUGGUCAGUCUGGACGAAGGCCGUUUCCCCGCUCUGGAACUCAACAACCGAAGGCUGUCUGUGAAGAACUCUUUCUGCCGGAAGAACGGCGUCUACACCAGGUCUCCUCCUAGGCCCAGUCCAGGCAGUUUACACUACUCAGACGAAGACGUCAGCACAAAGUACAACGACCUGAUCCCCGCAGAGAGCAGCAGCCUGACUGAGAAGCCCUCCGAAAUCUCAGACUCACAGGAGGCGCUGGUGUUUUCAUAUGGGACAGGUGGCCUACAUACACUUCCACUGCAUUUGGGCAGCGACAGUGAGUACGAGGUGGACCCCAACCGCCAGAAGACCCACUCCUUCGUCAACCACUACAUCAGCGACCCCACCUACUACAACUCCUGGCGCCGCCAACAGAAAGGCAUCUCCCGGGCUCAGGCCUACAGCUACACCGAGUCCGAGUCGGGGGACCCGGACCACUGCGCCCCCCCGCCACUGCCUCCUCUACCUCCACUGCCCCCCCAGCUCAGUUCCCCUAGCCCCCAGCCUCAACAGGCCCAGGGCCAGCCUCAGGGCCAGCCUCAGGGCCAGCCUCAGGGCCAGCCUCAGGGCCAGCCUCAGGGCCAGCCCCAGGGCCCGCCCCAGGUUCAUCCCCAGGGCCAAGGCAGCCUGUUCAGGCCCAAAGGUAGCCGGACUCCCACCCCCUCCCAGCAGAGCUCCAACCCACCCAGCCAGCAGAGCACCCUCUACAGGCCCCCCAGCAGCCUGGCCCCUGGCUCGCGGGCCCCAAUCGCUGGCUUCUCUUCCUUUGUGUGAAAUAUGCAGUAAAGGACUUUUCUGGAAAUAUCUUCCCAUCUUAUGAAGGAGUACACCGAAACGCGCAGUCCACCCAAUCACGUAUUUUUUAGGCUUUUCGUUCUUCUCAUUGCUUUGUCUGUGUUAUUUCUCAGCCUGGAAACUUGCGGAACAACACUUUUAUGUUAUUGUUUAAUGUGUGGAAGUGUGCCAAUUUAGAUGUAUCUCUGAUAAAAUAGUCCCUGCAUCAUCUAUUCACUUUUAUGUUGCUAUUUGAACUAUUAGCAUGCCUUUAUUUCCUCGUUUGUUUGUUACUUUUCUUUGAAUACAUUCACAUGGUAAUCUAUUUGAUUCUGUACAAAGUCACAAGAAUCUUUGAAAACACACACAUAAAUAUAUAUAUAUAUACAGUAUAUAUAUAUAGUAGAUGUACCUAAAAGACUAAAUCAAGUCAAUGCGGAGUGUGCAUUGAUGGAGACUGAAAUAACAAUAUGUGAUGGAGCCAUAUUGUGGACGUGAAAGGACAAUUGUUUGCUUGGAUUGUUAUAAACUUGAUGUAAAAAGAAGAAAAAAAUGGACGUUAUAAGAGACAGACGUGGAUGUGGAACUCAGGCCAAAUCGAACACAUUUUAAUGUGUUGGUUUGGAGAGUUUUAAGGAGACAUUGGAGAAACAAUCAUGGGAUUCCAUGGGAAAUGGCUCUCUGGCCUACAGCACACAAACACUUGGAAAAAUCGGACAACCUGGACACGGCAGGUCAAAUGUCAAUGACUGUGCCAUGCCUGAAGGAUCCUGCAGAUAUAUGAAAUGAGUGUAUAUCUGUUUAAGUGGAAGUGUUUAAGUCUUUUUGUGAGUGUGUUACAGUGGAUCAAAGAUGCCUUGAUAGAGAAACAUUAUUUAUAAUAUCUGGCACCAAUUGCUACUGGACUGCUGGCGGUGCUCUUGACCGCGGCAUCGUAAUGGCUGGCCUCGCGCUACGGGAGCCUUCUUUUAAUCGUGACAGACGUGGGCUGUGAAUUAAUUUGCAUUCACAAUCCAUUUUUUUUUUUCACCCUUUGCUGGCUCAAAUAUACACACGUAAGUUUCAUUCUGCAUAUGUCUACUGAAAUGCUUCGAAAGCCAAACGAAGGGGGUUAAAACUGUCUAAAGUAGACAGUCACAGCUGGGCACAGUUGCUCGAUCUGCUCAAAUGUAAAGGGGAAUUUUUCAUAAGCAACUACCUUUUUUCCCGUUUCCUUCCCUGCUGGUAUAACUCUUCUCUGUCACUGCUCACAAUCACGGGGCAGAGCUGAGGCUGCACCAAGAGAUGAUGUCAUCGGAUUGCCUCACCUCUUUCCCCUUUGUGUAAUCAACCACGCUGUACUAUUCAGGUGUGACUGUAUUGUCCCAAAUGCUAAUGCGUGUGCAUGUGUGCGUGUGAUUACACUUCUCGUGCGUAAGCUUUACAGAUCAUUCACUGUGUGUCUGGUUAUAAAGAGAUUGUCCUGCAGCAUCUGUAAACCUGCCUGGAGUAGCGCCACACCAGGCGCACUCGUAACGCUAUAGUGAAGACUCAGUGGUGUGUUCCUAGUUUUCAUAGUAAAAAAAAUGUCAUCUA